UGAAGAUGUAUAUUUAAUCAUUUGCUGCUGCCUGGCUUCAUAAGACAGAAUGUUAAUUUGAACCAAAAUAAUAACAUGCAACAAAUCAUUUGUAUACAGUAUUCAUCAACAUCAGAAGUGUAUUCUGCUAGUGGCCAGAGCCCGACGGUUUAGCUCAGUGUUGGCUCACCAGCAGGGCUGCGGCCUGUAUCGAAUGACAGGCCUCUUGUGUGGCGGGUUACGCUACACAUUUGCUCAGAUGCUUCCUGUUAGAACUGCACAAUAAUAUUCUGAAGAAGUCUGAAUCAGGCCAUGGAUCCUUAGAUCUUCAUCAGACCAUUAAUCUCUGCAGUAUACGUGGUAAUGUUUAAAGUAAUCCAUAUUGUGUUCUGUAUUGGCUUCCUGAAAGAGAGCAUGUAUGGCUGUGAAGGAGGCACUGGUGUAGAGUGGAUUACGGUGAUGACAGGGUGUCAAGGAGAUGGAGCUGGUGGCUCACUCAUCCAUAACCUCUGUUAUUCAGGGGUGUGGAAUUACAGGUGGCAAUUGCAUCCCCCUGUUGUGGCCCAGAGAUAAUUUCCUUCCCACACUGGUGUGCUUGCCUGAGGUCACUUAUUCCUCGGACACCUGGGGAGAAGGAGCUGAUUUGAAAAGAUGACGAAGGCCAACUGAGAAUAUAUUUAUCUCCUACUGAAGAUUCACAAGGCUACUGGAGUUCCCUCAGUUAUUUAAAAGAUAUUCCCCGUGAUGGAUGCAAGACUUUUGGACGAAUCGGAAGAACGCCCGCGACGGUCCUGCUGCCUUCCUUCUGGGAACGCCUCGGAACCUUCUGACUGGGCCCACUUCCACAAGCCCAUCAUCACCAUGGUGAUGGGCGCCCUGAUGUCGGCCGCGGGGGCCGCUCUGCUGCUGUUGCGCGCUCUGGGUGUGAGCGAGGCCCCCCACGCCAUGGUCCCCGCCUGCCUGUCGGCGGGGCCCGUGUUUGUGGUGCUGGGCCUGGUGUGGAUCCCCAUCCUGAGGCAGAAGCAGAGACGGCGCGCCUCCUGUUACGAGGGGGGCACCCUGUACGGCACCGAGCGGUGAGGAGCGGACGGACGGAUGGACGGUG